AUGGCGGAGUCGUGUUCGGAUACCCCUCUGUCUCAGGAAUCGGUCUCCUCAAUCUUUACUCCGCCUACGCCGGGGCUUAUUCUAGACUCCUCAGAUGAAGACGAGUCUGUGAUAAGCAGUCGUCCUACGACUCCUCCUCCCUUCCUGGUUCACCGUAUGCACUUCAAUCCCACCAAGCAUAACGAACUGUCUUUCUUCAGAAAUGUUGAUGUUCGUCGGUCCCUUCCAUCUCCUCCCCGGCCGCAGGAGGGCCAGGUCUCAAGUGAUGAGACUGGGAUAAUGGGAGGAGAACCCGUGGCAUUUGUUCCCGAACCACAGAGUCCGGUCAAGAGGCUUCAUGAUAGACCUAGGAGCCAUCAAGCUACUGGUUCCUUGAGGCACGUCAGUGCUGGAGCUGUCUGGCGUGUUGGUGGAGUGGCUGCUGCCUUAGGAAGACGACCCAAUGGCGCCUCUGGGGGUUCGGGAAGUGUCCUUGCGAGAGGCACUACAGCUCGCAUGUAUACGGCAAAAUUCCUGCCACAGGCAACUCCAGCUAAUGAGCAACGAGAAUACGAAAAGAAGAAACAUGAGGCAAGAUUAGCUCUCGCGUUGGAUAUCGACCGAUCUAAGAGACUUCUCAAGAACUCCAAGUGUUGGCCUCUACUGGAAUUCACACCAUGUCCGGCGAAGCCGGACUUUGAACGAUUCUCCCCUUUGGUGUGGGAGAACAGUGCUUGGAGGCGAGCCGGACAAGACUGUUGGACGGCGCCUUCAAAAGAAGAUGACAAGGCCACCGUCGUUCCAACUCUGCCAUUUCGUGUGCUAGAUGCACCUGGACUCCGUGAUGACUUUUAUUGCUCAACACUAGCGUAUUCUUCAGUUUCUGGGAUUCUUGCCGUUGCCCUUGCGUCUGAAGUUUAUCUCUGGUCUGAUGAGUUCGGUGUGCAACACCCACCUUUCAGCGACCAACUUCCCUCGAACUACGUGAGCUCUCUCUCAUUCUCAUCAGAAAAUGGCAGAAAAAGCAUCCUAGCUGUUGGCAGGCGAUCUGGGUUACUAUCACUGUGGAGCACUUUCGACUCCGAGGCGCGCUUUGAGGUCAGUCACCCAAAUAGCAUCACCUGCGUGGCAUUUAAGCAGUCCAAAACACGGAGGCUAUCUGAGCGUUUCAAGAACGCCGAGGUGGACACCGAAGACCUUGCUGUAGGCGAUGACCUUGGCUAUAUCUGGUAUUAUUCGGUGGAGUGGCCCGAUGAUGAACAAGCCCAGCUUGGAUGGGAGGGUUCUAUGACGCUCCUUGCCAAAAUAUCAGCCCACUCACAGCAAGUUUGCGGCAUAUCUUGGUCGCCAGAUGGAACAUAUCUUGCGACGGGCGGCAACGACAAUGCAUGCUUGAUUUUUGAAUUGCAAAAUAUCAUACCCCCGGGAGAGUUUAGGGUACCAGCCGAUUUCACUGCUCAGACCGAAAGUGACAAUAACUCCACCUACUCCCCUACUGAUAACGAUCAAGACUCCGAUAGGGACUAUCUUGCUGCAUCGGUUUUGCAAAGCUCGGGUCAAGUCACUAUGGAUGCCAUGUCAAAGAGCCUCAUAGCUUACGCAGGAACUGUUAUCUCUGGGCGCACCCGAACGGCCAUGAUCCCAACGAAUUACCAGAAACAUCGUCUGGAUCAUGGUGCAGCUGUCAAGGCGAUUGCGUUCGCACCAUGGCAACCCUCGCUUUUGGCAACAGGGGGAGGUUCGAAUGAUCGCGCCAUUCAUUUCUACCACACCCCAUCUGGUGCUUGUCUCGCCACCAUCAAGGUCUACGCACAAGUGACUGGUCUCAUAUGGAGCAGGACAAGACGAGAAAUCGUUGCUACCUUCGGAUUCUCCAACCCUGAGCAUCCAUUCCGAAUUGCCGUCUUUGCCUGGCCCAGCUGCGAGCAGAUUUCUGCGAUCCCAUGGGGUCCCUAUGGUACUAGUUGGAGAGGUCCGCUGGAGACUGACCGUACAAUUGACUGUGGACGCGCCCUCUGCGCCAUUAGUUAUCCAUGCCGAGUGCCAAUCUACCUCUAUCAUAGACUAGAGAUUCAGGAUGAUUCUUCUGUGCGAGGGCCAAGAGCCGAGUCGAACCAGCGCAGACAAAGUGCACCUUUAGAACGGACAUCGACGCAACCCAGGGCGAAAGAGGGUGGAUUGUGGUGCUCCCGCACCAUGGACGAAGGAUGCAUUAUUGUAGCAUCUAGCGAUCACACCGUCAAAUUCCACGAGGUAUGGAGCAACUCGAGGAGGAACGUCGCUUCGGAUUCGGGACCAUACGGGGGGAGCGAGAUCCUUGAGGGCCUGGAGGGAUUGGAGAAGACUGGAGAGGAAAUAAUCCGCUGA